GUCCCUUCUGUACAUGAUGAACAAUAAAUUUGACUAACGCUUUCACCAAAUUGUCCGUAAUCGCUAACUUUGCCACCACCGUCAAUGGCGAUAUCACCUGCGGUACCGCGGAGGAUGCGACGUGCGUACCCUCUGUCUCCCGUCCGAGUUCCGAGUUACUGCUAGUAACGAACCCGCACCCGCCACAGUCUUUCAUCCUGCCACGACCUCCAUGCCAACGAUUGGUCCGGCCUCAACUAUAGCCGCACUUGCCAUUAUGGUCCUCGCUUCCUCGUGUACAACCCCAUUUGCUCAGCCAACAACUGUGCGCUGCUCGCUCCUGACACUCUUGACUGUUACUUUAGCCGUUCCCUUGCUUGUAGGCUGCAUCUACGUGACCUCUCAGAUGACGAAGUCCACGAUAAGGUUCUAUAAUAAAACAAGUGUAGCAGUUUCUUUCAAGGUAGGUCCCCGAUUAGAACGAGGAGACGAUCCAGAUGAGAGCUUUACCGCUCCUUGACCAGUAGACUGAGCAUUAUAGGCUUGAACUAAUAGGAGACAAGACGUGCAGCUUGAGAAAUGGUGACUGAAAAAGUGAAAAUAAAAGCAUGGUAGUUUGCCCUUCCUGGCCUUUGCUACCCUGCAGAGAAGUAAUAUGGCAUAGCGUCGCAUUUACGUGAAAGAGGGCGUACUCCCGAGGUGUUGAACGGCUGGAAUGACAUUCGUGCUACCUGUGAGAUCUCAACUGUCAAGAUAGUUAAUGAAGGAAACCACCCGUAAUUCUAUACAGAAUGCAGAUCUAUCGAUAGAGGGAGGCGAGGAUAGAAUGUGCGAUGACAGACCAUUCAUAGCAGAUUCAUGAUGGUUUGAAG